CCCGCCUCCCGGCGCCCGCGGCCCGGCGGAAAGACCGGAGGCGCCCCGAGUCCCGGGAGGUGGACUUGGCACCCCCGGCCCCGCGGCCCGGGCGCCCCCUCCCGCCCCUUUCGGCAUGGAGUCUGCGGGGCGCACGCAGGCGGCGCGGGACCGCGUCCCCAGGAUCGAUCCGUACGGGUUUGAAAGGCCUGAGGACUUUGAUUAUGCAGCUUAUGAAGAGUUUUUUUCCACCUAUCUGGCGAUACUCACCAGAAGAGCCAUAAAAUGGUCCAGACUGCUAAAGGGAGGCGCUGGUGUCCAGAAGAGUGUGACACUGAAGCGCUACAUCCGGAAGGGCGUCCCGCUGGAGCACCGGGCCCGCGUCUGGAUGGGGGUGAGCGGAGCCCAGGCCCAGAUGGACCAGAACCCCGGCUACUACCUCCAUCUCCUCCAGGGAGAGAAGGAUGACAGCCUGGAGGAGGCCAUCAGGACAGAUUACUACAGCCCCUCGAUGCUGGGCCUGAAGACGGACCAGGAGGUCCUCGGGGAGCUGGUAAGGACCAAGCUGCCGGCGGUGGCGGCCCUGAUGGACAGUCACGGCCUGCUGUGGACCCUGGUCGUGUCGCGCUGGUUCAUCUGCCUGUUUGUGGACGUCCUGCCCGUGGAGACCGUGCUUCGCAUCUGGGAUUGUCUGUUCAACGAGGGCUCUAAGAUCAUCUUCCGGGUGGCACUGACCCUCAUCAAGGAACAUCAGGCCUUGAUCUUGGAAGCCACCAGCGUCCCCGACAUCUGCGAGAAGUUCAAGGACAUCACCAGAGGGAGCUUCGUGACUGAAUGCCACACCUUCAUGCGGGUAAAAACGCAACCAAAAUGCAAAGAGAUUUGUGCAGUGUAUGGAGAAGGUGCUGUGACUGCUGGAACGUGCCAAAAGUGGUUUGAGAAGUUCGUGCUGGAGAUUUCUCGCUGGACGAGGCUCCACAGUCGAGUAGACCAGUUGAAGCUGAUAGCGAUCAAAUCGAGACAUUGUGAACAGUCAAUGUUAUACCACGUGGAAGAUAGCAGACAUACUCAAAAUCUCCAAAUCAAACGUAAAUCAUUUGAACGAGCUUGGUUAUGUUAAUUGCUUUGAUGUUUGGGUUCCACAUAAGUUAAGCGAAAAAAAACCUUCCUGACCAUAUUUCCACAUGCAAUUCUCUAUGGAAACGUAAUGAAAACGUUCCGUUUUUAAAACAAAUUGUGAUGGGCGAUGAAAAGUGGAUACUGUACAAUAAUGUGGAAUGGAAGAGAUUGUGGGGCAAGUGAAAUGAACCAUCACCAACCACUCGAAAGGCCAGUGUUCAUCCAAAGAAGGUGAUGCUGUGUAUAUAGUGGGAUUGGAAGGGAGUCCUCUAUUAUGAGCUCCUUCCAGGAAACCAAACGAUUAAUUCCAACAAGUACUGCUCCCAAUGAGACCAACUGAAAGCAGCACUCGAUGAAAAGCGUCCAGAAUUAGUCAACAGAAAACAACACAUAAUCUUCCAUCAGGAUAACGCAAGACCGCAUGUUUCUUUAAUGACCAGGCAAAAGCUGUUACAGCUUGUUACAGUUUGUAAGUUCUGAUUCAUCCUCGGUAUUCACCAGAUGUUACAUCUUCGGAUUUCCAUUUAUUUUGGUCUUCACAAAAUUCUCUUAAUGGAAAAAAAUUCAAUUCCCUGAAAGCCUGUAAGAGGCACCUGGGACAGUUCUUUGCUCAGAAAGGUAAAAGUUUGGGGAAGAAGGAAUUAUGAAGUUGCCUGGAAAAUGGCAGAAGGUAGUGGAACAAAAGGGUGAAUACAUUGUUCAAUAAAGUUCUUGGUGAACAUGAAAAACGUCUUUUAUUUUUACUUAAAAACCGAAGGCACUUUUUGGCCAACCCAAUAUGUGGGUUUUACCACAAAAACAAAGAAACACCAAAAGAAUGAAAAUUGGACAAGACGUUACCGAAUUUUAAUUCCAGGAGCUCAGAGCCUCAGACUUCAGAAUCUGAGACAUUUUAUGGAUUGGAUUCAAAAUUUUUGAAGUGCUAAACGUGACCCAAGUGUAACGAAGCGAGACCCUGUGGGCCUUCCCGGGGCAGAGCCCUCCCCCAUCUCCUCUGCUGUGGCUCCUCUGAAGUACCCAGACAGUCGUAUCUCACUAUCUCACGCACGUUUCCUGAGUUUUUCAGAUGCUAAAACCACCAAGGAGUGUCGCCCCCAGCCCUUGUGGCGCCUGAGGAUUGAUAAUGUGACUCUGUGACCUCACCGUCAACCAGAGAACUGCGCAGAGCUGAUCACACACCCUGGGACCCCUCCCCCUCUGGUCUUGAAAAUGCUUUGCUGAGACCCUUCCGGGAGUUUGGGCCUUUGGGGGGCACAAGCCGCCCAUUCUGCUUGCUCGGCCCCGCAGUAAACCCUUCUCUGCUCCAAACUCCAGCCGCCCCACCGGGCUCCCCAGGCCCCUGCCCUCCUGGGGUGAAGGUCAAAGGGGCUGUGCGUUCCCAGCGCCGCGGCUGGCCGACUGGCCGCAUGGGGAAGCCGCAGACUCUUCGGGCAGUGUCUGGGCUGAUGGUUGAGUUAUUCUGUCACUAACAUCCUUUCGGUUUUAAAAAGUGAUGGAAACAGGUGACCUUCCUUCGCUCACUGACCAACGGGCCUCAGCCCAGCCUUUACCAGGGGCAGGAAGGGGAAACGCAUUGCGGGAUCUAAACUAAUCCCUUUCUG